AUGAGCAGCAUUGCCAGCAACACAGAGUCCGAGUUUGCUGAUGAACAGCUUGACAGCAGUCCCAUGGGCCAUGAUGACGACAGCAGUGGAAGUGAGGGAAACUCCAAGAAGUCUUCUCCUGAGAGGGACAGUGCUUCAAGCUCCAGCCAGAACCCGCGGAAUUCUAACAUUGCUGGUAAGAAGCGGAGUCAGCCAGUGCGUUCCAAAGCCCGCAAAGUAGCAGCUAACGUCCGUGAACGUCAACGAAUCCUGGACUACAACCAAGCCUUCAAUAUGCUCCGUCUGGGCCUGAACCACGACCUCAGUGGCAAGCGGCUGUCGAAGAUUACCACACUGCGUCGAGCCAUUAACCGCAUCUCUGCACUCUCCAUCUUCCUAGGAAGCCACCCGCCACCCACAGCUGAAAGAACCUGUAGCCACGUGGACUGCCUCCACGGCACACAGGAGGAGAAUGGAAGGCUGGUUUCGGUAAAGAAGAGGGGCUAUCCAUUGGGGAAGUGCCUCCAAUCUCCCAUUUCCUCCAUACCUCACCAUCAGCCUGAACUACAAACCCCACAAACGCACAAACCGUACAGUUCCAUUAUGGCAUCUGAGCCACCUCAGCUCCACCCGGACCUAUCGCUGCACACUGGCACCGCGUGCCCACCCUCGCCACACUAUGUACAGUACUCACCAGACUCCCAGCUGUGCAUGGGCCAUGGACUCUACGGCCAUCCACGUGAAGAGACAUUCAACAAUAAUAACAACAACAGUGUCCCAGCAAACUAUGGUGUCGGACAGGUCUACCAGUAUGGGGUGAAAGCCACUUGUCACCAGAACCACACGGACAACUUUGUAGACUCCCCUGCUGUGCCAUUUUCUUGGCAGCUUGGUUACUUGCAGGGCUCCAGCUCCCAGCAGUCUCUCACUAUGCACUGA